AUUCUCAUCAUACUUCCCUAUAAAAUCCCUCUGCCACUUCUUUCUUGUCUCCCGGCCGCCGCACUCUGCCCACCACCAUUCUCCACCAAAGAAUAACAAUCACUUUCUUCUUCUUCAUUGCCAUGAAUACUUCUCUUAGAAGAAUCACUUUUCUACAAUUUCUUCUUCUUGGGCUCUCCAUUUUCCUUUCUGGUUUUGGUUUUCUUAGAGAAGUGGAAUGCCUUGGGAUCAAUUAUGGUCAGAUCGGAAACAAUUUGCCGCCGCCGGAGAAAGCUCUGCAACUCCUGGAAGCUCUGAGGAUCACGAAGGCAAGAAUCUACGACACCAACCCGGAAAUCUUGACGGCAUUCGCGAACUCCAACGUUGAACUCUUCGUGACGGUCGAGAACGAAAUGCUGGCCAGUUUGGCCGGCGACCCGCAACAGGCCAACCAGUGGGUGAGCGCCAAUAUUAAGCCGUACUUCCCCGGCGCGAAGAUCGGCGGGAUCUCCGUCGGGAACGAGAUUAUCACCGACGACGACACGUCAUUGAUGGGCUACCUCGUACCCGCCAUGGUCAACAUCCAUGCAGCUCUGGUAAAACAAGGAUUUGACCGUUACAUUCAGGUAUCGUCCCCUCAUUCCCUGGCGGUUCUGGGGAAUUCGUUCCCGCCGUCGAGUGGGUAUUUCAAGCCGGAGAUCUCCGGGGUGAUGAAGCAAUUCCUCCAGUUCUUGGCCGCCACGGGAUCGCCGUUUUGGAUAAACGCUUACCCGUAUUUCGCUUACAAAGACUCGCCGGCGAAAAUCUCUCUGGACUACGUUCUAUUCAACCCCAACGCCGGGAUGGUGGACCCCUACACGAGGCUACGCUACGACAACAUGCUAUACGCGCAGGUGGACGCCGUGGUUUUCGCCAUUUCGCGGAUGGGGUUCACCGGCGUGGAGGUGAGGGUGUCGGAGACAGGGUGGCCGUCGAAAGGAGACGCCGACGAGGUGGGCGCCACGCUCCAGAAUGCGGCGAUUUAUAACAGGAAUUUGAUGAGGAGGCAGCUUCUUAAUGAAGGGACGCCGUUGCGGCCCAACAUGAGAUUGGAGGUUUAUCUUUUCGCGUUGUUUAAUGAAGACAUGAAGCCUGGGCCAACCUCGGAGAGGAACUAUGGUUUGUUUCAACCUGAUGGGACCAUGGCUUAUAAUGUCGGACUGUUGUCCUCCACCUCUUCUAACUCUGCUUCUUCAUCACCCUCAUCUGCUUCCGUUUCCCUGGCUUCCUCUGCUACAAAGGUAGAGCAUAUGGAAUAUCAAAGUCUGGUGUUGUGGAUGCUUGUACAUUUGUUGGCAUGGCAAGCUAUGAUUAGAAGACAACACUAAAGCAAUGGUGGUGGGGGGCUUGGAUGUAAUUUGGCACCUGCCACAUUUGGAGCAAGAAAAUGUUGAGGUGUUGCCGUGGCCAUUUGGCAUCGCAACAGUGAAGAGUUUCAUGAAGGAUCGAUCGAUCACGACCCAAAUAUGGCCUACACCAUAUUCAAGAACAACAUAUCCCAAAAGUUUGAAGGGUCAAGAUUACGACAGAUAGAAUGAAGAAUGAAGUUCAGGAUUAAAAAUGAAAGUCUAAACAUGUCACAUUACUGAUAGAUGGUGUGGAUAAUAUUACGAUGAUGAUAGAGUAAAUAUGUUUCAUUAUACGUUUUAGGAAUCUUUACUUUUAUUUCUCUUUUGCUUAUGGAAUUAGGAAAUUGAAUGUACAUGUACACUUCUCUUUUCUAUGAUGAUUAUUAUUUAAUCAAUGAAGAGGGAAUUCAUUGAGAGAACAAAAA